AUGUCCGAUCCAGACAGUUUCAAGGCCGAGGGGAACCCCGAAGGCAUCCGCGCUUGCGAGGAGUACGAGUUGGUUGUCAAAGAUUUGCAGGAAACGCUGCAGCCUGAGUUGGAGAUGAUAGAUAGCAGAAUCAUCCGCCCCGCCAAUGAGCUCCUAGACGUGAUCAAGGUCAUCCGAAAGAGCGUCAUGAAGCGGGAGCACAAGAAGCUCGACUACGAUCGACACCGCACGACCCUAAAGAAGCUGCAAGACAAAAAGGAUCGAACGGCAAAGGACGAAAAGGCCAUGUGGAAAGCCGAGAACGACGUGGAGCUCUCGACUCAGGAGUUCAACUACUUCAACGACCUGCUAAAGGAAGAGCUCCCUCAGCUGUUUCGCCUCGAGCGCGAGUUUAUCCAGCCUCUGUUCCAGUCAUUCUACUAUAUGCAGCUGAACAUAUUUUACACACUACAUAUCAAGAUGCAGGAAUGCGAUAUCGGCUACUUUGAUCUUACUCUUGACGUCGAGGAAGCCUUCCAAAAGAAACGUGGCGAUAUCCAGGAACAGGCCGAGCUGCUUUCGAUCUGCAAGUUCAAGACAACGGGCCAGAAACGUCCUCCCAAGUACGGAAGCAAGCCUGCGCUCGAAGAGGGGAAGAGACCACUAGCGAUAGAAGCGGGCCCUUCGUCAACAGCCCCGCGCCUCACCUACAACCGACAAUCUGACGUUGUUGAGAAUCCCCCUCCUCCCUACUCCCCCAACCCCCGUCAUCGGCCGGCCGCCGCACCGACACCCGCGGUCGAAACUGUCACCGCUCUAUAUGACUUUGCCGCUCAGGCUGAAGGCGACUUGUCCUUCAAGGCUGGAGAUGCCAUCCAAAUCAUCAAGAGGACAUCUAAUGACAACGAGUGGUGGACCGGAAAGUUAAAUGGGAAGCAGGGCGAUUUUCCAGGAAACUAUGUGCGCCUCAAUUAA